GAUGAUACAGAAUACAGGAAUAAUGAUGAGGUGCAUCAGUUUGAAUCCUAUUCACCAAAAUUGACGGAUGAUCCAAUUCCGGGAAGAAAGGAAAUGCCUGUUCCUUCAGCAUUGCCCCCUGUACUAGUAACACCUCCAGCAAUUCACGCAACGCCUACUGUUUAUUCUCCAUAUAAACUAAGAGCUUGUGAAAAGAAAACAGAUCUUUACAUUUUACAACCGGAAAGACUCAAUACAAGCGGUCAAAGUAAUCCCUUGAAAGGAAAAUUGACUAACUGCCAUGUUACUGGUUGUGAAAGACCUUUCAGUGUCCAGAAAAUUCGGCAUACGAAUUUAAUCCUAUUGGUAGUAGAUACCUUGUGUCCUUGUGGUAGCAAACAAUUGAGCAUUGAACCUAUUGAAGCAGUAACAGAGCCUGGUGCGUGUACGGCGCGAAGAGAACGUCUUUAUCGUCGAAGACCACCAAAGUGCAUCAACUAUCACCCUGAAGAAAUGGAAAUCAAAUACUGCGGGAAUUCGAUCAGUAGAUUUAACGAAUUUGGAUUGGUAUCGAAUCUGAUGAUCGUCAGUGCCAUUACUGCAACACAUUUUACGUGACUUUGUUCGUGUUAACGAAAACGAACUUUAUUUUAUGAAAAAAGAUGAAAUACGAAUGAUAUAAAUUGCAUCUGCAAUAGACUUUGGUCCUGAUUAUUUCUGCUACGAGAAGCGAUCUUAUAAAGAUCUAAUCAAUUCGAUUACUAUUUCGCAGCGUAUAAGCAGUGUACUGUAACAUCAUUUGACUAAUUAAUUCUAUAUUUAAAACAAGAAAUUAGCGUCACCUAAGUUACAAUGCAGUCUGGGCAGAGCUGAUUUUAGCUUAUAAGCAUAAUAAUAAUAUCUGUCAGUUUGACUACAAUGAAAACCAGACAGAAAAUAUAAGAAAUAAAUAAAGUCAGAGAAUACGUACUUAACUAAUAAUAUAUAUAUGUUGAUACAGCAUGUAUUACUUAACACCAUAUACAUGAAUAUUUCGAAACUGUUUAAGAAAUAAUUGAAAUGUAGAAGGUUUAUCAAUCGAUUGCACACCAUGAUUAUCUUAAAUAUAUUCUAAUCUAUAGUUUCUUAAUGCAUGUUACGACCUAAUGGACGCAUAAUGUGUAUAAUUUUAAAAACUACUUUUGCGAUUUUUCAUGCUCUAUUUUAUGUUACAAAUGAAUAAAUUACAAUUUCAUAGUU